AUGACUUCCAACCGACAGUAUGACCUGGUCUUGCUAGGCCCGACUGGCUACACUGGCAGAUUCUGCGCAGAGCACAUUGUGCAGAACCUCCCUACCAGUCUGAAAUGGGCUAUCGCAGGCCGCUCCGCGCAGAAGAUGGAGCCUAUCGCGCAGGAGCUGAAGGCUCUGAACCCCGAUCGUGCUGACCCAGAUGUCCUGGUCGUCCAACUCAACUCUACCGAGCUCAACGAGCUUGCCCAGAAGACACGGCUGGUUAUCAACUGUGUGGGUCCGUACCACCUCUACUCGACUCCGGUCGUGGAGGCAUGCGCUUCCAAUGGCACUCACUAUGUGGAUGCCACUGGAGAAACACCCUGGAUCAAAUUGAUUAUUGACAAGUACCAUGAAACCGCCAAGGCAAAUGGAGCUAUUAUGAUCCCUUCGACUGGCGUCGAGAGCGCUCCUGCCGAUAUCCUGGCCUGGUCUCUGGUCAAGCGUGUCCGCGAGGAUCUCUCAGCUCCGACCCGCCAAAUCAACAGCACCAUCAAGGAAAUGAAGUUUGUCACACCCAUCCACAAAAGAAACACAUAUCUGACCCAUUCAACCAGAUCCUCCGGCCCCAGCGGCGGCACUUUGAGCACGAUUCUGUCCAUCUUCGACUGGCUCCCAAUGUCCGAGCUCUCGAAGUCGAUGCAGCCCUUCACCUUGGCAGCAUCUCCCCCACCGAAGAACAUUCCCGGCGAAUCAAUCCUGGAGAAGCUGCUUGGUGCUCGCUCAAUCCGCGACCUAGGAACCGUGACAACCUCCCCAAGCGCAAUCGCCGACAUCACCGUCGUGCACCGUAGCAGCAGCCUAAUGCCCGAGCUGUACGGACAGAACUUCUUCUUCCGCCAGUUCCUGUCCGUCCGCAACGUUCUCAUCGGUGUCGCCGUCCACAUCGGCUUCUUGGUUGGACUCUCUCUGCUUGCGCUACCGCCUGUACGCUGGCUGGUUCGCAAGCUCAUCUUUGCGCCUGGCGCUGGCCCGCGUAGAGAGGACUCGGUAAAUGACCGUCUCGAGUACCAUGCCAUCGCCACUUCGGACAGUACUCCGCCGCAACGCGUCUUCGGUAAAAUUACCUACCAUGGCGGCAUGUAUCCAUUCACUGGACUUUUACUGGCUGAGGCUGCUAUGGUUAUUCUCAGCGAGGAGGAGAAGAUCAAGAAGGUCUCGCGUGGUGGCAUUGUUACCCCGGCUACGCUGGGUCAGGACUUUGUGGAUCGCCUGGACAAGGUUGGCUGCAAUAUCGAGACCAAGAUUUUCCAGUACUGA